UACGACUUCCUAUCCGACACACACACAUGUACUUUAACGUGAGUAACACAUUUAUAGUCACAGUUUCCUAUCCGUUACUUACCUGAUGACAACAAUAGAUGACGGCGAUAGAAACGACAAGAUGUGUUUAAAUGCCCUCUAUACAGGAAUUAUUAUCACUGUAAUAGCAGUAUGCAUUCCAGAAGUCAGCCUGCAGAUGUGUUCGGGAUCGCGCUGUGGAGAGUGUCUCGUCACCAGGGGCUGUGCUUGGUGUAAGGAUCGGGAUUACGGAUUUGACAGAUGUGCGAAUAUGAACAAGAUAAUCGAUGAUGGGUGCAUUGAUAUAGUGAAGAGGAAAAAUCAUACCUUACAGAUUAUUCAGGAUGAUGAUUUUUCUGACGGAGGUCCACGGAAAGAUCCGAUCCAAAUUAAACCACAAAGAGUGAAAAUAAAACUCGUACCUAACGCUGAUGGGCUCGAACUCCCUAUUUUCUACAGAACUGCCCGCAACUUCCCUCUCGAUCUGUACUUCUUGAACGAUCCCUCUUACACGAUGCGAUCACUGGUAUCUACCCUUAACAAUCUAGUCAAUGAUAUAGCUGGAGAAAUCGCCACAUUAACCAACGAUUUCAGAUUCGGACUCGGGACGUCUAUGGACAAAGUCAUCAUGCCCUUUACCAGAACUGAUCCUCGAAGUGUGGAAUUUCCCUGUGGGGAUGUCGCUAUCUACUGUGACCAACCAUACUCUUUCAUUCAUCGACAACCUCUCACUCGAAACAUUCAAAACUUUAGGGCCGCUCUAAGUCGCGUGAACACAACCGCUAAUACUGACAUCACAGAAGGACUGUUUGACGGACUGAUGCAAGUCAUGGUUUGUGGUGAUCGAAUAGGAUGGAGGAGGAAAUCUAGACGAAUGGUUAUCUUCGCCACUGACAUCAAUUUCCAUCAAGCAGGCGACGGGAGGUUUUCUGGAAUUCUAGAACCAAAUGAUUGUUUGUGUCACCUAGAUAGCAAUGGGAAAUAUACAAAGGCAGAAAUUCAGGAUUAUCCAUCUGUUGGACAAAUCUUACAAAAAGCACGUGAAAACAACAUAAACGUCCUGUUCGUUAUAGGCGGUGAAGACAAUGCUUAUGUUAGAAGGGUCUAUUAUGACAAUUUGGCUGCUUUCCUUCCUGGCGGUAUAGACAAAGCCUCUGCGCUGAACACGGAUGCUUCCAACAUUCUCAGAAUUGUUGGCGAUAGUUUUAGGCGCCUUCGCGAUACUGUGAAAUUAGUGACAAGCAGUCUUCCAGAGGAGCUGGUACUGACCCUGUACACCGACUGCAACACCAACGGGCGACUCAACGAUUCAACAAAUAUUUGCACAAAUCUGACAUUGGAUAAAACGGCAAACUUCAUCGCUUAUAUACAAUCAAACCUGACAGAGUGCCCUGAUAAAAACACCUUCACUUUCACCAUCUUCCCUGAGGGUCUGGAGGAGCGGGUGAACGUUGACUUUGAACACGUGUGUGACUGCGACUGUCAACUUGAACCUGAGGCGGAACCACGUAGUCCUAAGUGUAACGGGAGAGGGCGCUACGAAUGUGGAACAUGUAUCUGUGACGAUGGAUGGUUUGGGGAGACCUGCGACUGUGACGGGAGGGGUACUGAAACCGAGGCUUGCGGCACAGAAUCAGGAAUUUGUAACGGUGCCGGAAACUGUACCUGCCGGAAGUGUGACUGUUUACCUGGAUACAGCGGAGAAAAAUGUGAAUGUAAUGACCAGAACUGUCGUUCACAUAACGGAUUGCUGUGUGGAGGUCCAGCCCAUGGCAGAUGUGUUUGUGGAGAAUGUGUUUGCAAUGCUAAUUAUACUGGAGAUGCGUGUGACUGUACGACGAUAACUGAUACAUGCAGAGAUAAGAACGGGACCCUGUGCUCAGAUAAUGGUGAUUGUGAGUGUGGGAGAUGUCGCUGUAACGUGGGAUAUAGAGGACCCGUGUGUAGACGGUGUCAGAAUUGUCCUGGGACUUGUGAAAAUAACAACGACUGUGUAGAAUGCAUCGGAUUUAAACAGGGACGCUACAACGAAACUACAUGCAAUCGGAAAUGUCGAAACGUAGAAACUGUACCUCUUCUGGAAGAGGCGUCCAUCGACAAUGGAACCUCUGUAACAGUUUGUGUUCUACAAGACGAAUUUGGAUGCAUUAUAAACUUUAACGUCCAUGACCUUGAGAUGGGACAAAGGAUACUAAUCAAGUCUACUAAAAGAUGUCCCCCUAGCCCUCCAGAUCCACUGACAAUAGGACUCAGUCUCUCCGGGGCCAUCUUUCUGAUAGGUCUUCUGCUUCUAGUCAUCUGGAAAAUCUUGACAAUGUUAUACGACAGCAUGGAAUACUCAAAGUUCGAAUCAGAAAUUCAGAAUCCAGCCUGGGAACAGUCCGAAAAUCCAAUUUACAAAGAGUGUGUAACAACGGUUCAAAACCCUUUGCACGAUACCGAAGGAAAUGGAAAUUCAGGUUUUUGAGGCGAAAACUGAACCACACUAACUCUGGCUGAGAGGUGCUGCAUCUGGAUGAAACACCCACUCUUCUGAAUCGGAUAUAAAUCAGAAACCGUGUCAUUUUUAAAAUGAGUUUAGACUUUAUUUCCGCUUAUUAAAUGUGCAUAAUAUGCCAUUAAUUCUAAUUUUUGAUUUGUUCACACGACGUUUUUCAGUGGAACAUUUCAAUAAAGUCUUUGAACUGUAUGUUGAAAAGAUUAUUUAAAAUCAAUGUGUUUGACGAAUAGUGUACGUAAAAGUUCACAGCGUCAAUACUACUAAUUGUAUUUGAUGUCAUAAUGUUUUAACAUUCUUUGUAUCUCAAGAUUUUCCCAUGAGUCGUUUUCUUUCAUUUUCCGUUAGAUGUAUAAUAAAUAAUCAGAAACAAAAAUAGCCCAUGUCUAUCGUUACGGGCAAGCUCGUAUGACUUUUGCGAAUUGAGUUAAUAUAUUUAACGUUAAUCUAAUAAUAGACAAUAUUUUCGUACAGCUCAAUUUUAAAUAAAAGUAACCCCAAUUUUC